CUUCUGUCACUGUAUGUGUGUAUGUGUCCCUGUGGCUGAGGGUGGGAGCCUGUGCCCCGUCCUGUGUCUGCUCAUGUUCGCUAAAAGGAUUAAUAAACGUUCAGCAUUUCGCAUUUCAGUUGUUCAUUUGACUCGGCGCUUAGCGGUUCAGCUGCUGCUUCUGCUUCUGCUGCUGUGUGCGUGCUUGUGGCAAGAUACAUAGAUUCAAUUCAAUUACAACUAAAAUACCGUCGAGAAGAAGAUUGCAGCACCAAAAUUUCCAUACAUUUUUUGCCGUCGGCUAGCAGCAGGGACUGGGACUGGUUCUGGGACUUGACGGGACCCAAUCCCCAUUCUGAAGCAGUCUGAAACAUUCCGGGUAUUCCGUGCACUCCGCCGUAUUGUUUUUGUUCAUGUUCAGCUAAGUGCGAUCAAAAUGUUAGCCAACAGCAAGGCUCUGACGGGGCAUUUGCACUUGCAACACAGUAACUAACUAUAUUGAAACACAAACGGAAACAACGGAAGCGGAAACGGAAACCGCAACCUAGAAAACCCAUCCUAACCUAUACAUCAAAAUGCAAAGCUCGAAAUCGUUUUUAAUACGCGACCUGCUGGGAGACCUGAUCAAUCGGCGGCAAACGGCGGAUUCGGAAAUCGAGCUCUCCAACGAUGAUUCGGACAUUGAUAUUGAGGAUCGAUCCACUCCCGACUCGACGGCGCAUGGCUGCCAGCAAGACCUGUUGCUGUCGCACCAUCACCAUUUCCACCACAAUGACGACUCCAGCGUGGAGUCAUGCGGCACGGCCACACCGGGUCCUGGGUCCGGUGUCGGAUCGGGGCUGAGUGCCGCAGCGGCUGCGGCGGGCGUGGCAGCCGGUCUUUUGGCGGCGGCGGCGGUUAACGGUGCCAACAGCAGCGAUCCAACCGGAGGAGGAGGAGGAGGCGGAGGUCCAGGCAGUGGCGGCGGCAGCUAUGCGGAGCACAAGCUGCAGAUGAGCAAGAGCGGACGCAAGCCGAGACGACGACGCACGGCCUUCACCCACGCCCAGCUAGCGUACCUGGAACGGAAGUUCCGGUGCCAGAAGUACCUCAGCGUGGCCGAUCGCAGCGACGUGGCCGAGACGCUCAAUCUGUCCGAGACGCAGGUGAAGACCUGGUACCAGAAUCGACGCACCAAAUGGAAGCGACAGAACCAGCUGCGUCUGGAGCAGCUGCGCCACCAGGCCACGCUCGAGAAGGACUUUGGUGUGCCGGAGGGCGGCGGUGGUGGUGGGGGCUUGGGCUGCUGCCCCACCGGCCUAAGCAGCUCGUUCAGUGCCGCCGCCGCGGCGGCCGCUGCGGCCAGCAAUCCGUGCAAUUUCUUGACCUCCGCUGCAGCGGCGGCAAUCUUCCGGAAUGUGAGCUAUGUGCACGGCUGCCCCAUGUAGAGAAGCACCGCCCGCCAGCCCCUUUCCUGACCCCCAGAUUCCCCGAUUCCCCGAUUCCCAGAUCCCCAGUGGCCUAUGUACAUAUAUAUAUUAUGGGAAAUAUAAUGGUUCUUGUGCAAUAACAUACCCAGAUGUGGAGCGGAUAACAGAGGAUGCUCGUUCUCGUACUUAUAUACCAAACGUACCCGAUAUUGCGCACAUAUGUAUGUACAUACGUACAUAUGUAUAUGUCCUUAUAUAAACCGAUAUAAUCACGAACUAGGCUUAGUCAAUUUACUCUUAACUGUAAUAUAUACCAAACAUGCAACCCAAUUUUGUUCUCAUUUUUUUUGGCCAGAAUAAAUAUUUAAUUGCUA